UGUAAAUAGUGUUUUUUUAAAUUCUGAUUAAACACUAAACCGGAACUACUUACCAAAAUUUUUUUUUCUAUAAUAAAUAAAAAUCUUCCGUUUUUCAAUAAAAAACUACAAUAUUCAUUAUGUUACUAUUAUUUAAAAGAAAUUUAAUAAUAUGAAGCUCUAACUUUGCAAUGUUUUGUAUUCAAACAUUAUUUGGCACCGCGCCAAUUCAAUUCCCGAAAUAGCCGGCGUUAAACGAUUUACAGUGCAUAUACGCCAUACCACCCUCUGGAACAACAUAUAAUAGCAAUUUUAAGACUAUGGAACGGCAACUUCCAGUCCACUCAAGUUUCCAUGGAUCAAUAAGAAGCAGAGACUCAACAUCAACUGUAGAAAGUGACCCAAGAGAGAAAAUCAAAGAUUGUUUCAGAAAAUUCAUUGCUUUUAUGUUUACUCAAGUGGGUGUCGGUGCGCUUGUAGUGUGCUAUGCAAUAUUGGGAGCAGCAGGCUUUAUGCACAUUGAGAAAGACAACCCUGACUUGCAGUUGGAGGAUGUGAAGAAUUGGAGAUUGAACUGUGCCGAGAAAUUGUGGAAUAUUACAGUGAGCGUAAACAUCUUCAAUGAGACUGUAUGGAUGCACAAAGUAAACAAUGUGUUAAAGUUAUUCCAAAACAACAUCACCAUUGCUGUCCACACAGGUUACAGUGGGAGGACUGCUGAGGAUAUCUGGUCAUUCCCUGCCGCUCUAAUGUACUCUCUUUCUGUGUUCACCAUGAUUGGUUACGGGAAUAUAGUACCUAAGUCUGUAUGGGGCAAAAUUGUGACUAUAGCAUAUGCAUGUUUUGGUAUACCAAUCUAUGUUUUGUAUUUCUGUAACAUGGGCAAGGUGCUUGCUAAGACUUUCAAGUGGUUAUAUAUUACUGCACAUGAAUGUAGCCGUAGGGAUGACCCUUUAUUUGAGGAUGGUGAGAUACAGCCGAAAAAAAAAAUAACAGUGCCGUCAACAGCUUGUCUCUGGGUCAUAUCAUUUUACAUCUUAACAGGUACCAUAAUGUUUGGGGCCUGGGAGAAAUGGAACUAUUUGGACUCAACAUAUUUCUGUGUUAUAAGUUUAUGCAAGAUUGGCUUUGGAGACUUUGUACCGGGAGCGAAUAUAUCUGAUUCUGCUGGUGGUUCUCACUUGAAGUUAGUCAUAAACUUCAUAUAUGUCCUUCUUGGUAUGGGCUUGGUGGCCAUGUGCUACAAUCUUAUGUGUGAAGAUGUGAGGGUCAAAGUCAGAGAGCUUAGAGAGGACUUGAAGAAUUGUCUCGAUGAUAUCACCUUGAAAAUAACAGUGUGCAUGAAUGAUACAAAAUAUUACCAUCAGAAACAAAGUAGAAAUUUAAAAUGAUAUGGCGUUACAAGAAUAAGUUGCUUGUAUACUUUUUAAUUCUUCAAAAGAAGUUUGAUAAACUGCUUAGAACUAAUAAUUGAGAAGUGAACUGAAAUUACCUUUAGUACAAAGUCUCUCUCUUUUUCUCUCUUAUUGUUAAUCAAAUAUUGUCACACUUUCAUUGGUUAAAGCUAAGAAAUGGAGGAAUUUAUGUAAAAUUAUGACAUUUUAAUUUGUUCUAAAGUGUACUUUUUUUUAAUGAAUAGAGUAAAAAUUUUGCAUUUCAUAAAAUAUAAGUAAUCAAUGUUUAAUAACUUCCUUUCUAUUUUCAUAGAAAUAAGAAAGUGGCAGAAUUGAGCAGCAUUAUUUGUUAUCACCAAAUAUUUAAUAUAUGAUAUGUAUGGUAUGGUACUAUUAACUCUGUGCCAGAGUAGUUUGUAGAGAGUUUUUUUCCAGAGUCUACAUGUACUCUUUCUUUUUAUAUUUAUAAAUAUUUAUUUAAGUUGAUUAUAAUAAAAUUGUCUUAUGUUGCUUAUAUUGAAGCAUGCAUUUGUGAUUUGUUAUGAAUACAUAAUUUAUUUUUAAUU